UAGCGCUUUCGUUUGGUCAUUUAGACGUGAAGUCAAGUUUCAAAGCAGUUGCGAUUAAAACCUGGUUCGUUCUUCUCGCUAUGUUAAAAUCGACAUUAAACCCUGUAAUGUACUUUUGGACGAAUGGCAUGUUACGGAAGCAAGGCAAAGAUCAA